AUGCCUCCAAUUUCUAGGAAGAGACUGUCUCGAAGUGAUGCUAACCGUACGAUAAGAAAUCUGGUGAAAGCGUUAACAAAUGUAUAUGCACCCCGAGAGAAGUCUUUGUCGGAGUUAGCCUCUGAAAUGAGCAAAAGGAUUAGUCAGAGCAAACCCUCGACCUUUGAUGGUAAGGGAGAACCGUCAGAACUGGAACUUUGGUUAAGAGAAUUUGACAAACUUUUCGAUGUCGUUGAGUGCCCAGAAGAAUUAAAAGCUUUGGAGAAUGUGUCGGGCUUUUAUCAGAAGAAAGCAAGGAAUUUUGGAAAUUUUCAGGGAGGCGGGUCUAAUUCGAAUUCAGGAAUUAGGAACAACGUGAAGCUUACUAAGCCAUUAUUGGACAGAGAUGGCAAUGAGAGGAAUUGUGAAAAACUGUAUAGGGAUGUACCCUUAAGGAUAGGAAAGGUUGUCUUUCCUAGCGACUUAGAGCAGAGAGUUUUGUUGGAAGGACCAAGAGGUGAAAGCGUUAGAUACAGGAACCAGGGGGAUAAGAAAGAGGGGAAUCCCCAGGAUAUUGCUGUGGUGAAUGAAUUUUUGGAUGUUUUUCCUGACGAGAUUCCCGGAAUGCCACCACAACGGGAAAUUGAUUUCACGAUCGACUUGUGCAUUGAUUACAGAGAGUUAAACAAGGUAACAGUUAAGAAUAAAUACCCGUUGCCCCGGAUAGAUGACUUGUUUGAUCAAUUGAGAGGAGCCGGGAUCUUUUCGAAGAUUGACUUAAGAUCAGGUUAUCAUCAGCUAAGAAUAGCUGAAGGGGAUAUACAUAAAACCGCUUUCAGAACACGAUAUGGGCAUUAUGAGUUCACAGUGAUGCCGUUUGGGUUGACAAAUGCUCCAGCCGCGUUCAUGUGCUUAAUGAACCAAGUGUUUGGUGCAUACUUGGAUAAAUUCGUCGUUAUCUUUAUCGAUGAUAUAUUGGUCUAUUCGAAAGACCGAGAAGAACAUCAGGAACAUCUACGAUUUGUCCUGCAAACCCUGCGAGAAAAUAAGUUGUACGCGAAGUUGUCAAAGUGUGAAUUUUGGUUGGAUAAGGUAUCGUUGUACAUGAAGUUAAUUAUCCGACCCAUGAUCUGGAAUUAG